AUGGAUUAUGCUCGCUUGAGGGCCACCGCCCUCGCUAGCACUGACGUCGAGGAGGCCGUCACAGUCGAUACAAGAGCUUUAAUCGACAAGGUCCUUGCUCGAUACUCGGGAGAAUGGACCACCUUACGAGAGCUCAUCCAGAAUGCCGCCGACGCGCAAGCCGAAUCCGUCGUUAUCAAAUUCGAAACGAUCCCUUCCGUCCAAGUACCCCUGCCUUCUACCUCGAACCAGUCCGAGCUGCUCAAACAUGUCGUGGUCAACCAUACGUUGAAGCGUCUCGUCGUGCGCAACGACGGACAGCCCUUUACGCAGACCGAUUGGGGACGGUUGAAGAGGAUCGCCGAGGGUAACCCAGACGAGACCAAGAUUGGUGCAUUUGGUGUUGGUUUCUACAGCGUUUUCGCCGACUGCGAAGAGCCCUUUGUCAGUUCGGGUAAUGAGGCCAUGGCGUUUUACUGGAAGGGCAACGCACUUUUUACGAAGAAGUCCCAGCUGCCGGCGGAUCAGUGCUCGCCUCAUACUACCUUUGUCCUCGACUACCGCAACAAUACGACGCCCGUGCCUAAUCUUCUUUCGGUUUGCCAGUUCUUGGCUACGAGUUUGACAUUUGUCGCGUUACAGAGGAUGGAGUUCUGGGUUGAUGAUUGGAAGUUGUUGUCUCUGCAUAAAAAGAUCUCCCCGAGCGUCGAAGUCUCCAUUCCGCGAAACUUCGUAAAGACAACGUCGGAGGGGAUGAUGACGGUAGCUACUGUCGAACGCAUGAGCACCCAAAUAGACGCAUCGUACAUGGUCGGCAUCGGAUGGAAAGCCAAGACCUCUCGGGGAAAGACAACGGAAACCUUUGGCGGUCAGAUUGCGGAUGCCCCGCUGAUCAAGAGCUUCUUUGCUAAGUUCUCAUCCUCCGCCCAGUCGGCGCAAAAGGCAAAAGCCCAAGCCCAAGCGGAAGAGGCCGCGGCGCAAGCCGCGAUCUCUGAGGAUAUCACUGCAGUCAAGUCUUCUACUAUUUUCCUUGGCGUCACGUCUGCUCAGCUGCAGACAAAGGUAUCCAAGACUUUCUCUUCGGAGCUGGAGCGUGCGACGAAGAAGCCGCCACCCAGGAUGGCGAAGCUCGCCAUCCUUACCUCUUCAUAUGAUGAGGCUAUGGCGUCCGCGAAUACGAACAAGACGGGCACCGCUCUCAACUCGGCCGACGUAUUUGCCUCUGUACUACCUAACAAGAAACCUGGCGGCCGAAUCUUUAUUGGUUUCCCCACCAUGCAGACGACCGGCGCAGGACUCCACAUCUCGGCGCCGUCGGUCAUUCCCACCGUGGAACGAGAGGCCAUAGAUUUGAAUGCUCGCUACGUCAGAUCCUGGAACGUCGAGAUGCUCCGAGCCGCCGGCAUCAUCAUCCGACUUUCUUUCGCCGAUGACAUGGACAAGUUAGCCCAACGCAUCAACGCCUCGAUCCCACAGGGAGGGAAACUUACGAGCCAAGUGGUGUCUAAGCAUCUUCCUGAGGCGAUGCACAUCUUCAAGACCUAUACCUUCGACGACUCUACCCCCAGCGCGCAAGUUGGUGAGAUUAUCGAACAAUCUUUCUGGACUUCCUACAAGGAUGUAAAGUUCAACAUUUAUUCCACGCGCGGCGUGAAGCUCACCUCGGACGUGCGAAUUCCUUCGGAAGAACUCGGGCAGUUCGUCGAUGGGCUGCCAACUGUGCCCAAAGAAUUGAUGGAAACCCAAUUCUAUAAGAAACUCUCCGACUUUGGCGUCCUUUCGCGGAUCACCCUUCAAGACAUACGUGACGAACUUAGUGCCAAGGCUAUGACCAAGGACCAGCUGACGUCCUUCAUUAAAUGGGUUUCCAAGAUGGCUCUAAGCGGAGAGCUCGACAAAGGGGUGACGAAGAGCUUGGUUGAUGCGGCUGUGGCGACGAUCAGCGACGAGAAGGGGGAGAAAGGUGGAAUAGUUGCCCUCUCCGUCAUCAAGAACUUCGUUACCGCAAACAGGAUACCACCGACACUCCCUCUCCCUCCUGACACCCUGCCAUUUGCAUUUACGAAUCAUUGUUCGAAUGCUGAGCUAGCGGCGCUUGGAUGGGAGCCUCUAGAGAUUUUUCCGUGGUUACAGUUCCUGAUUCGCACUGCUUCGCAGAGGCCCGACAAUCUCAACAUGACCAAGUCACCGGACUUUUCCAAGCAAGUACUUAUUGUGGUCAGUAAGAGCUGGGACAACAUGUCCCCCGGAGCGAGGGCUGGUAUAGCACCACUCCUUCAACAGUACACUGUCAUCCCCACGAAGCUUGGUAUGAAGAAGCCCGAGGAGUCCUUCUUCCCCAACGUAAAGCUCUUUGACGAUUUGCCCGUCAUCGAGAACUUGGGACAGGUGAAGGAGAAGCUCCUCGUUGCCCUCGGCGUCCGGAAGACCUUGGACCUUGAAACCAUCUUUGCAAGGCUUCUUUCUCCUUCCUCUGGCGAGCAGAAGUGGAGCCAUGUCGAGCUCAUCAAGUACCUAGCCUCCGUUCGUGCCGAUAUCCCAACCGGCGAUAUGGUGAAGCUUAAGAACUCGGCGAUUUGCCCGGCUGAAGCUGGACCUCCGGGCAUGGGUCGAUUCAAGGGGACGACUAAGCUCUACAAGGUUUCGGAACUCUUCGAACCCCAGGACUCCCUGCGAGGUCUCGGCUUGCCAAUCCUAUACUGGCCCGGUGCGCUUCCUCCUCGAGGCGCAGAGUCGCAUUUUUUGUCCGUGCUCGGCCUGCGAGCGUAUCCAACUGCGGCCGAACUGGUUGAGGUGAUGGCAUCGCCGGAUCUCCGAACUCGGGAGAACGCCAGGACUUACUUCAUCUCGAAGCAUGUUGUCAAUGGGUAUGGUAAUACCAAUAUCGCGGGCACGAACAAGGCUAUCUUGCCGAUUGAAGGAGAUGAGAAUACGCUUGUGCCGCCGUCGGGUUGUUUCACGGAAGAAGGAGCGUCGACUUUUGGGUUCAAGGUGCUCAGACGUGGCCUAGUUCCACAUGCCCUGAAAUUCGGCGUUGCGAGAUCCCCUCCCAUCGACGAGUGCAUCAAGCAGCUCCUCGCACAUCCUCCCCUGGACGCGACAAGGGCCACUCUACUCUUCGGUUACUUUGCACAACGACUUCCUGAUAUGAAGGAGCCGAACGUAGCGAAACUUCGGAAUGCGGCAAUCAUCCCUAUCAAUCCGCCCAACGAGAAAGGUAGUGUUAGGUUCACUAGUCCGUCCCUUUGUUACCUCGGCCGCGAUUCUUCGUAUGCCGACAUCUUCGACUUUGUCGAUUUUGGCAGCACGGCCAAUGCAUUUUUGUUCCGUUGCGGCGCUCGAACGGAGCCUACCAAGCGUGAACUUGCCGAGCGUGUUUGUCAGGAGCCGGCGCGGCUUCUCGGUAUGCUGCAGGUGGAUAGGUAUCUCAAUCUUCUAAGGUCUCUUGCGGAGAGCUCUGCGGUUCUCAAGUCGGACAAGACGUUAUGGACGAAGCUGCAGAAUUCCAAGUGUCUGCUUGCUUCCAGAGUAACUACAGCUACUACCAACGGCGCGAGUGACGAUUACGAAGACGAGACGGAGAUGAGGCAAUAUCACCUAGAGGUUCCUUCGAAGAUUGUCGUUUCGGAUGAUUUUAUCAGCUUCAGAAUCUUCAAAAAGUUUCUACUUUGCGCGCCCGAGGAGGAAACCUUGGAGAACUUCUACCUGAUGCUCGGAGCUCGCCGGUUGAGAAGUUUGGUUCAAGAGAACCUCAACAUGGGGCCGCCCGUGAAAAUGCCUGAGAAAGCGGAAAAGCUUCGAAAGCAUGUGGUUGAGAGGACGAAGAUCUUCUUGCAUGAGUAUGCCAGCGACAAGAAAGAUAUUAUCAAACAUGACGCGAAAUGGUUGGAGAAGAACCUGACGGUUACGCUGGUCCAGUCAAUUUCUCUCCGGAGACAACUCGAAAAUCAUGCAGAGACGCACACCGAAAGGAGGUCUGCGGCAAGCAAGAGUGAUCGUGGAUCUUGUGUCCUUUACGUGGCGGCUUCGGGGACACCUGACAUGUACCAGAUAGGUCAGGCACUUUGCCAGGUGAUCCUUUCCAGACACAACCACCAGUCGUACACCUUCUUCGAGCCGCUCCUAACGCUAGAUCUGUUGGGACUGCGUUCGCGCGGUUACAAUGUCGAGCGCAUCCUGCGGGCCAAGGCGGCCGAGGCCAGGAUCGCCGAGGAAGAGAGGCGCAAAGCUCUCGAGGAGGAGAUGAGGCGUGUCCAGGAGAGAGAGGCCAAAUGGCGCGAGAGCCAGGCGAACAUUAUCGCAGCCAAUGAGAGGCAGCAGAGGGAGCUGAAGGAGCAGAAGGAGCAGAUGCCUAGCAUGCCGGGGGCGUUUGGCGACGACGGCGACUUGCCGCCCAGCCCGCCUCAUGUGAAGAAGAGGAGGAGUAGGGGACUCUUCUCUAACCUGACUAAGCGCCUCGGUUUUGACACCGGAAGCCAGGACGACGAUGAUAACAACUCGUCGAGCCAAGCAGGACCGAGCAACGCACCGACCGGUGGUCAGCAACCACAGCAGCAGCAGCAGCAAGAGGGCCAGGUCAGCAACCCGGCUUUGGUACACGAAAACCUACUCAGUGCUAUCAACGCCUCGCGCCCCUACGGCUCGAACGAGUUGUUCUCGGAACCAACUAUGAAUCAAGUCCAGGAGCAAGGAACCUACUGUGACAGCACCCACGGCAAGAACCUAACCUUCAUUGCCGAGGCCUCUUCGGGCAUGAAGGUCUUCGCCGACCGCGGCGUCGAGGACCCGCAAUCCUUCUUCUCCACCAACAGCGGUGCCGUCAACGCCUUUGCGAACCUCCUCCGCGAGAUGGCGGACAUUUACAAGGUCGCGCCUAGGGUACUUCACAUCUUUUACGACACGGCCGGCGGCACGAUCGCGUUCAACUUGAACGGCAGCCUGUUCUUCAACUUCCGGUUCUUCAUGCAACUGCAUGCUACGGGCAUGGCGCAGCCGCAGGCGAAAGCGGAGGCGGGGAUUUGGUGGUGGGUUGUUAUGGCGCAUGAGCUUGCUCAUAACCUUGUUAAGACGCAUAGUUCUGAUCACAGCUUCUACACUGAGUCCUUUAUCCAGGAAUACUACGUGAACCUGAUGAGAAGGAUCGCCAGGUGGGACGCCGCAGCCGGAUCGCCUGCUCCCCUACCGCCCUCGCAAUCUUCUCGACCGCGUGCUCCUGCCAACCCUCCGCCUCCGUAUACGGAACAGACGGUGCACAGGCCUCCGAAUAAUCUGUUCGAUUAG